AUGGGUGAUAUGGCAAACAACUCGAUAGCUUACAGCGGCGUUAAAAAUGCUGUGAAAGAAACUAAUCAUGGAGAUUUUGGAGUUACUCUUGCAGAGCUCCGCUCUCUUAUGGAACUUCGAGCUGCAGAUGCACUGCAUAAAAUACAGGAAUGCUAUGGAGAUGUUCAUGGCAUCUGUGCAAAGUUGAAAACUUCCCCGAACGAAGGUUUAAGUGGAAAUCCAGCAGAUAUAGAAAGGAGAGAAGCAGUUUUUGGGAAGAACUUUAUACCUCCUAAAAAGCCAAAAACAUUUCUUCAGUUAGUAUGGGAAGCACUACAAGAUGUUACACUAAUUAUCUUAGAAAUUGCAGCUGUAGUAUCCUUGGGCCUUUCUUUUUACCAGCCUCCAGGAGGAAAUGAAUCAUUAUGUGGAUCAGUAAAUGUUGGUGAAGAAGAGGAGGAAUCUGAAGCAGGUUGGAUUGAAGGAGCAGCCAUCCUCCUGUCUGUAGUUUGUGUGGUGUUAGUAACAGCUUUCAAUGACUGGAGCAAAGAGAAGCAGUUUCGGGGAUUGCAGAGCCGUAUCGAACAAGAACAGAAAUUCACAGUCAUCAGAGGUGGCCAAGUCAUUCAGAUACCAGUAGCUGACAUCAUUGUUGGAGAUAUUGCACAAGUGAAAUAUGGUGAUCUCUUACCUGCCGACGGUGUCCUCAUUCAAGGAAACGACCUCAAAAUUGAUGAAAGCUCACUGACUGGAGAAUCUGAUCAUGUGAAGAAAUCUCUGGACAGAGAUCCUAUGCUGCUGUCAGGUACACAUGUGAUGGAAGGCUCUGGAAGAAUGGUGGUUACUGCUGUAGGUGUCAACUCUCAGACUGGAAUCAUCUUUACCUUACUUGGGGCUGGAGGAGACGAAGAAGAGAAGGAGAAGGAAAAAGAGAAGAAGGACAAGAAAAGUAAAAAGCAAGAUGGAGCUGUGGAAAAUAGGAACAAAGCUAAAGCUCAGGAUGGUGCAGCCAUGGAAAUGCAGCCACUGAAGAGUGAAGAUGGUGGGGAUGGAGAUGAAAAAGACAAGAAGAGAUCAAAUCUGCCAAAGAAAGAGAAGUCAGUUCUUCAAGGCAAGCUUACAAAGCUGGCAGUUCAGAUUGGCAAAGCAGGUUUGUUGAUGUCUGCAAUCACAGUCAUUAUCCUUGUGUUGUAUUUUGUAAUUGAUACCUUCUGGGUUCAAAAGAGACCUUGGCUUGCUGAAUGUACCCCAAUUUAUAUUCAGUAUUUUGUGAAGUUCUUCAUUAUUGGAGUUACAGUCUUGGUGGUGGCAGUCCCAGAAGGUCUUCCACUUGCAGUCACUAUAUCUCUGGCUUACUCUGUUAAGAAAAUGAUGAGAGACAAUAACUUGGUGAGACACCUGGAUGCCUGUGAAACAAUGGGCAAUGCAACAGCCAUUUGCUCAGACAAGACAGGAACCUUGACCAUGAACAGGAUGACUGUGGUCCAAGCCUACAUCAAUGAGAAGCAUUACAAGAAAAUUCCAGAACCAGAAGCUAUUCCAGAGAAAACCAUGGCUUACCUUGUGACAGGCAUCUCUGUUAACUGUGCUUAUACUUCCAAAAUACUGCCUCCCGAAAAAGAAGGUGGCCUCCCACGUCACGUUGGAAAUAAAACUGAAUGUGCCUUGCUGGGAUUGCUCUUGGAUUUGAAACGGGAUUAUCAGGACGUAAGGAAUGAGAUACCAGAAGAGGACUUGUACAAAGUGUACACUUUCAACUCUGUUAGGAAAUCUAUGAGUACUGUGUUAAAAAAUUCUGAUGGCAGUUUCCGGAUAUUCAGUAAAGGUGCCUCUGAGAUCGUGCUGAAAAAGUGCUUCAAAAUCCUGAGUGCUAAUGGAGAACCAAAGGUGUUCAGACCUCGGGACCGAGACGAUAUCGUGAAAACUGUCAUCGAGCCAAUGGCUUCUGAAGGGCUCAGAACCAUCUGCCUGGCCUUCAGGGACUUCCCAGCAGGGGAACCUGAGCCAGAAUGGGACAAUGAAAAUGAUAUUGUUACUGGUCUGACAUGCAUUGCUGUAGUUGGGAUUGAAGAUCCAGUGAGACCUGAGGUUCCUGAUGCAAUAAAGAAAUGUCAACGUGCAGGCAUAACUGUCCGGAUGGUCACUGGUGACAACAUCAACACAGCUCGUGCUAUCGCCCUCAAAUGUGGCAUUCUCAACCCUGGAGAAGAUUUCCUCUGUUUAGAGGGCAAAGACUUCAACAGGAGAAUCAGGAACGAGAAGGGAGAGAUAGAGCAAGAGAGAAUAGAUAAAAUUUGGCCAAAGCUUCGUGUUCUUGCCAGGUCUUCUCCCACUGACAAGCACACUCUAGUAAAAGGUAUAAUUGACAGCACUGUCUUUGAACAGAGGCAAGUUGUAGCAGUAACUGGUGAUGGUACCAAUGAUGGGCCAGCUCUGAAGAAGGCAGAUGUUGGAUUUGCUAUGGGUAUUGCUGGAACAGAUGUAGCUAAAGAAGCUUCUGAUAUCAUCCUGACAGAUGACAACUUCACCAGUAUUGUCAAAGCAGUGAUGUGGGGACGAAAUGUCUACGACAGCAUCUCCAAAUUCCUGCAGUUCCAGCUCACUGUCAACGUAGUAGCAGUGAUUGUUGCUUUCACAGGAGCAUGCAUAACACAGGAUUCUCCACUCAAAGCUGUGCAGAUGCUGUGGGUGAAUCUCAUCAUGGAUACCUUAGCUUCUCUUGCCCUGGCAACAGAGCCUCCCACUGAAUCUCUCCUGUUGAGGAAGCCUUAUGGGAGAAACAAACCUUUGAUUUCUCGUACCAUGAUGAAGAACAUUUUGGGCCAUGCAUUCUACCAACUGGUAGUAGUCUUCACUCUCCUCUUUGCUGGUGAGAAGAUUUUUGAUAUUGAUAGUGGAAGGAAUGCUCCCCUGCAUGCUCCUCCCUCAGAGCACUACACCAUUGUGUUCAACACUUUUGUGAUGAUGCAGCUCUUCAAUGAGAUCAAUGCCCGAAAAAUCCAUGGGGAAAGAAACGUUUUUGAAGGGAUCUUUAACAAUGCCAUCUUCUGUUCUAUUGUUUUGGGGACAUUCAUUGUACAGAUAAUUAUUGUGCAGUUUGGUGGGAAGCCUUUUAGUUGCUCAGAACUCUCUGUUGAACAGUGGCUGUGGUCCAUUUUCCUGGGCAUGGGAACACUACUCUGGGGCCAGCUGAUCUCCACAAUUCCAACCAGCCGCCUGAAAUUCCUGAAAGAAGCUGGCCAUGGAACACAAAAGGAAGAGAUUCCUGAGGAGGAACUAGCAGAAGAUGUAGAGGAGAUCGAUCACGCUGAGAGAGAAUUACGUCGUGGUCAGAUCUUGUGGUUUAGGGGCCUAAACAGGAUACAAACUCAGAUGGAUGUAGUGAAUGCUUUCCAGAGUGGAAGUACCAUUCAGGGGGCUCUAAGGCGACAACCCUCCAUCGCCAGCCAGCACCAUGAUGUAACAAAUAUUUCUACCCCUACACAUAUCCGAGUGGUGAAUGCAUUUCGUAGCUCCUUGUACGAGGGGCUGGAGAAACCAGAGACACGGAGCUCCAUCCACAACUUCAUGACGCAUCCCGAGUUUAGAAUAGAAGACUCCGAGCCUCACAUCCCCCUGAUCGACGACACCGACGCGGAGGACGAUGCUCCCACCAAACGCAACCCCACUCCCCCGCCCUCCCCCAACAGGAACAACAACAACGCGGCCGACGGCGCCAUCCACCUCACGGCAGGCAGGAGGAACAAGUCUGCUACCUCUUCGUCCCCAGGGAGCCCUCUACAUAGUUUGGAAACGUCCCUCUGAUGGCAACGAAGCCAAACAAAGCUUCGAAACGCAACUCUUUCCAGCCGCAAAGUCGUCCGCAAACGGCAAGCUUGGAUCUCUUCACGUUGGUGUCGGUGGUGUUGUGAUGAUGAUGAUUGAUGAUG